AUCGCCGGUAAACAGUUGGGUCUGUGCUGUAAUUAAUUCAGUGUCUCUUUUAAUCAAACUGAAAAGGAAUCGGGCAGGGGCUUGCGGAGCCGUGACAUCACCCCCAAAAUCGGCCAGAGCCAAUCAGCGUCAUCACUCCGGGGACACGUGGGAAGGGGGGGAGGCGAAGGCGCGCGCGGAGGACGGGGGCCCUCAGGCCGUCCUUCUCCCCCUUUGCUCUCCCCAACUUGGCGGCCCUCCUCCCAUUCCUCCCUGACACUCCCACCACCCCCCCUCGGCUCGGCGGCUCGGUGCGAUGCUGCAGAAGACGCGCUGAGCCCUUUUGGAUCUAAUGCGCACAGGAGGUUGGCCCCAAGCUCCAGAGCUCCCCCAAGGCUGAACUCUGUCCAAGGUGCCCGCAGGCUCCCUGCCCGCCUUCCCCAUGCCAGCCCGCAGCUAGGGGCAGGGGCAGCGGCGGCUGGGGUUGGGGGUGGGUGGGGAGCUUUGGGGGAGGACAGGACGCAGCUUGGCUAUGGAAGGCUCCAAUGGUUUUGGGAUCGACUCCAUUCUCUCCCACCGUGCGGGCAGCCCCGCCCUUCCCAAGGGGGACCCCUUGCUCGGGGACUGCCGCUCACCCUUGGAGCUGAGUCCACGCUCGGAGAGCAGCAGCGAUUGCUCUUCACCAGCCUCGCCAGGAAGGGACUGUCUGGAGACGGGCACCCCGCGGCCUGGCGGGGCAUCGGGCCCAGGUUUGGACUCCCACCUGCAGCCGGGGCAGCUCUCAGCCCCAGCCCAGUCGCGCACCGUCACCUCCUCCUUUCUGAUCAGGGACAUCCUUGCCGACUGCAAACCACUCGCGGCCUGUGCACCCUACUCUAGCAGCGGGCAGCCAGCAGCCCCUGAGCCUGGGGGCCGCCUUGUGGCCAAGGCCGGGGAGGACUUUAGAGACAAGCUGGACAAAAGUGGCAGCAACGCCUCAUCAGACUCUGAGUAUAAAGUGAAGGAGGAGGGAGACCGCGAGAUCUCCAGCUCUCGGGACAGUCCCCCAGUGCGCCUGAAAAAGCCACGCAAGGCGCGCACCGCCUUCACCGACCAUCAGCUGGCGCAGCUGGAGCGCAGCUUCGAGCGGCAGAAGUACCUGAGCGUGCAGGACCGCAUGGAGCUGGCCGCCUCGCUCAACCUCACCGACACGCAGGUCAAGACCUGGUACCAGAACCGCAGGACUAAAUGGAAGCGACAGACCGCCGUCGGGCUGGAGCUGCUGGCAGAGGCGGGCAAUUACUCAGCGCUCCAGCGGAUGUUCCCGUCGCCUUAUUUCUACCCGCAGAGUCUGGUUUCCAACCUGGACCCUGGUGCCGCGCUCUACCUGUACCGCGGCCCCAGCGCGCCGCCUCCGGCCCUCCAGAGACCUCUGGUGCCCCGCAUCCUCAUCCACGGACUCCAGGGCGCCAGCGAGCCACCCCCGCCGCUGCCCCCGCUGGCCGGCGUCCUCCCGCGCGCCGCGCAGCCUCGGUGAGGCGCCCGCCCGCCCCCGGCCGCGCUCCGUGGCCUCGGGCCACGCUCGGCGUCCGUCCCUUUCGCCCGCCUCUUCGGGCGCUCGCGCUUCGACGCCCCGGGGCGGGGGCUGCCUGGCUCUCCGCGGCGCCCCACCCAGUGUCCCCGAAGGGUCAAAUGCCAAGUCCACUGAGGCCCGGACCCAACUGCGGCUCCCUACCCCCUCGGCGGCGUCCUCUCUCCGGCCGCCCCACUUCCACCCACCGAAGUACGUCCGCGCCACCGCCCGCCUCCAGCCCUCCCGCUCUGCCGGCUCCUCCAGUCGCCCCUUGCCCGCCCCCAGGAGCGGGCGGGGGUGACCCCCUGUCUCCCCCCUCCCUCUGCCCUUCCCUGCUCGCCGGGGACCCUCUCCCCGCGCCCCUGCGGGCUCGGCGGGGGAGCGGCGCGCGGAGGUCCACGCGCUCAGGCUGCGGCGCCCAGGCCGCGGCUCCGCUGUACAUACCGUGUGCAAAGUGUAUAUGAAGUUAUUUAUUCGUGACCCAUGAGCCCGUGACCGUGUCCGUGAAUCAGUGAGUCUGUGGCCUGUGCCCUCCCCUCUGGGUGGGGCAGGGAGGCCGAGGGCUUGCCCGCCGCCCCGGCCCCGCCUCCACCUCCAGCCCGGUCCCCGGGUCGGCCAGGCCUCUUGGGUUCUCUUUUUUAAAUGUCGAAAUAAACUUCUUACAAACGACCUGGCGCCUGUCC